GGUUACACCGCAACCUUAUAACACUGAUAAGCAAAACCCAUGUAAGAAUAGGGGGCAUAAGAGGCACCAUGAGUCGUUGCGUCAUUUGCUUCUGAACGCGAAGGAGGCAAAUGGUUAUAUACGAAAUAAAUAAUGCCCGUUAAAAGUAAACAGUGACUUUAUUCGUAGUAACAAGUCUUUAACAAUAGUAAGAUGUUAAUAAAAGUCAUUGUCUAAGUCAGCGUCAAUGAAUUUAUCGUAAUUCUUCAUAGCCUGAGUUUCUUACGCUGAAUAAUUAAAUCGUUACCAUAUAUUGCUUAAAAUGUAGUUAGACGUUUUUUCGGUAGAUUAUAUUCUCUUCUAUCGAAAAGAAAUAAGUGCGAAUUACGAUUUCCAAUUCGAUCGUUAUAAUCGUUACGAUUAGAAUUAGAGUUUCCUCGUUCGACGCUUUGGAAAUCCGAAAUUUUGCUAGGCGUAAUACUUUGAAGAGACGAGCACUUAAAUAUUUCGUUGUAUCGUAAACGAUCGACAAACAUAAGCGAGUAAUUAAAUCUAAAGUUCCAGAGCGAGUAAUGGGAUACAUCGUGCCGUUUAAAAGCGAUAUCUCAGAUAAUUUGUUUCAGAUGUAUCUCACCACUCGUAUUAACGAGUAAUCUCUUAUUGUUAACCUUCCUUCGGUAGAAUUCCGAAUAUUUUCUUAUAGAAACGAACUUUGAAUUUCUCUACAAAUGAUUUCUGAACUUCUACCAUUUUGGACGAAAUACUGGUAUCACGUCGUGAUCGGUAUUAUUUCUUGUGUAUUUUUAAAAGUACUUUACCAAGUAUCGAAGAAGAGCGUCAUUUCUAUUAAAAACGAUGAGAGUGAUUCUAAAAUUUUAAAUAACGGUAUGGAGGAGCCAGAAGACUCUAGCGAAGAAACAUUAGGAGAUAGCGAGGAACCUGCUCUACCAAAAGACUUAGAACAUAUUCCAUACGAAUAUAAAAAAUCCUCUGAAUCAGAGAUGCUCCGUCGAGCAUCAGAGUUUUAUAAAAUAGUAGCCGCUAGAAGAACUAUAAGAUUUUUCAGUCCAGACCCCGUACCAAAAGAAGUCAUACAUGAGAUAAUAAAAGCUGCAGGUACAAUAUUACGUAAUUACAUUCACAGUACUGUUUAUAUAUCUAAGUCUGUUUUAGGCACUGCGCCUAGUGGUGCACAUACAGAACCAUGGACAUUCGUAGCGGUAUCAAGCCAAAAGGUGAAAGAGCAAAUACGAUGUGUUGUUGAAACCGAAGAAGAAAUAAAUUACAAGCAAAGAAUGGGAGUAAAGUGGACCACUGACUUACUUCCGUUAAAAACCAAUUGGAUCAAAGAAUAUCUGACAACUGCACCUUACUUGUUGCUAGUAUUUAAGCAAACUUAUGGAAUUUUGCCCAACGGAAAGAAAAAAGUUCAUUACUACAACGAAAUAAGCACAUCGAUAGCAUGUGGUAUUCUCCUUACGGCUAUACAGUACGCAGGUUUGGUAACUCUGACUUCUACUCCUUUAAAUUGUGGACCUGCCAUCCGCAACAUUCUUGGACGUCCUCCUAAUGAAAAGCUUGUCGUAUUACUACCAGUUGGAUAUCCGGCAAAGGAUGCUACAGUGCCUGCUCUUCGACGAAAACCUCUAUCAAAUAUUUUAAUCGAAAUUCAUUGACAUAUACGUAAUAACAAACAGUGGAUUCCCGUCUAAUGCUCCAUCAGAAUUACGUUUGCUUAUGGGAUAAUAUCAAAUGAGUACACGUAAUCAUAGAUUUAUACAAAUCCUAUUUUUGAUAAAAAAACUUAUAUUUUUUUUCUUGAGUAUUGUUUGUUACUUAUGAAUAUCUUACAUUACACUUUCGCAAAUAUAUAUAUUAUUUAUCGGUAAUUAUAGAAUAUAGUUUUCCUUGGUCACAACAUGACUUCCGAUCUUAUAAAGUUAUCCUAAAAUGUUCAAAAGGGAAGCUAAUCCCUGAAAUAUAGCACCCAAAGAAGUUCUAUCGUUAUGUAUUAUCUUCCUGCACUUGGAAAAUUUGUCAUGGCACACAAUAAGACUGUCUAAAGUUAGCGAUUUCAGUUUGUACAAACUAAUGUUUAUUCAAAUUUGCAUACAGUGUGUUAAAAAUAAGCAAUAUAAAAUGUAAAGUCACCACGUUUAAAUCGGUUCAAACUCAAAAUAUUUAUAGACUAAUUUCUCAUGACACCUAGUACACAAUUAAACGUCGUGAAGCGACUCUAAAAUUACCGAAUAAAAAAAAAAAAAAAAAAGAAAAGAAAAGAAAUACAUCAAUGAGUACCAAAUAUCACCACGGUAUCUUAAAUUAAGUACAUUCGAUAUAUAAAAUAUAAAAA